GGGGUUGGGUCUAAGCUGCGCAUUGGCAGUCUAGAUCUGAAGAUGCGCGGCGCAGCCCGCCCUUCUCGAAGCAACUCACAUGACGAGCCAUACAUUUCUACCGGCAGGAGCCCCGCGCUCGGUCCCUUCCCCCGCGACUGUAGUGAUUGACAGUUGGCAGACGACUGCAGUACGCGCAGGUUCUAUACGUUCGCGGCCCGUGUGUGUGAGUGGCUGACUUUCCUGUCUGCCCCGGCUUCCCUGAAAACUCUCGGCGCAGUAGCAGAAGAACCCGAAAACAACAUCACGAGCCGUCGUUUUACCCAAACCAGCGGGGGCACUUCAACACAUCUAUCCAUAUAUACAGAUGGUUUGACUGGCAGCAGCGUCGUGGACAACUUCCUCUUUGCUGUAACAGUGUGGGACCGUCACCGCGCUGUUGUACACUGAGGCGGCAGCAAAUCGGCCGGAUAAGGCUAUCCUCGUCGCGCGCGGAAUUUGGAGUUGUCAGCCAUCAGCGAGGAAGAGAAGAAACAUUUCCGGGAAUACAAAGAAGCCGUUGUGAAGCUACAGAGUCUGUGAUGAUGUGCGUGCAGUGUGUGGUGAUGUCAUGCAAGUGAUACACAUUUUUAUCGCUUCAAGAUAAGUUUGUUUGUUGGCGAACAAAAUUCCCGUCAUUUCGAAUGCACAGUGUUUCCCCCAUCAGGUGCCAUCAGUCUGAAUUGAAGAAUUAUUGAAGUGUUGUGUGCCUGCUAGUUGUACGGGUGGGUUCUAGAGCUGAGUCGUGUGUCAAAGUGGCCCAGCACGCGGAUUACGCCGGUGCUGUAGCCAGGGCAUUCAUGGCUCAACCACGGUAUGAUGAUGGAAUUCACACUUCCUACAUGGGAGACGCCCCACCCUCCAUGUACGACCCUCAUGUGGCUCACCGGCCACUCCAGAACAUCGCUCACCAUUCACCACACAUGAACCACGGCAUGCAUCAGUAUCAUACGGGCAAUCACGUUGCAGCCGUGUCCAAUCAUGUAAUGGGCCCUGUGACAGACGUCCACAAGCGGGACAAGGAUGCAAUCUAUGGGCAUCCAUUGUUCCCGCUGCUGGCUCUAAUCUUCGAGAAAUGUGAGUUGGCGACAUGCACUCCCCGGGAGCCGGGAGUCGCGGGAGGGGAUGUGUGUUCCUCCGAGUCCUUCAACGAGGACAUCGCAGUCUUCUCCAAACAGAUUCGGCAAGAGAAGCCAUACUACAUAGCUGACCCCGAAGUCGACUCACUUAUGGUUCAAGCUAUUCAAGUGCUUCGGUUUCAUCUUUUAGAAUUGGAGAAGGUCCACGAAUUGUGCGACAACUUCUGCCACCGGUACAUUAGUUGCUUGAAGGGUAAGAUGCCCAUUGACCUGGUAAUCGACGAACGGGAGUCGACUAAACCUCCCGAACUCACCGGCUCCACCAAUGGUAACGACGGUGCCCGCAGUAACGCCGACUCAACAUCCCACACGGACGGCGCCAGCACCCCGGACGUGAGGCCUCCUUCUUCGUCACUGUCAUACCCUGGUCCCGGUAACGACGAUGUCAGAUCCCCGGGGUCUGGUGGCACACCGGGCCCCCUCUCGCAGCAACCCAGUUCCCAACAAAGCGUCGACAACAGCGAUCCAGUGUACGGAAACAGCCGGCACUUGAUAUCUCACGAGCAGUAUUAUUGGAACUCCCUCGCAACAGAUGCUCUAGGGAAGUGGUGCCCAACGCGACGGGAAUGGCCCUCGCCAGCGGAUGCGCGAGCGGCGGCGAACGACGCACGCAGGGGCGUCCUGUAUUCGUCCGUGUUCCUGGGCAGCCCCGGUGAGUACAACGGUGACGCGAGUAAUGCCAGUAUCGGUAGCGGUGAAGGGACGGGGGAGGAAGAUGAUGAUACAAACGGAAAGAAGAACCAGAAGAAACGCGGCAUUUUUCCUAAAGUGGCCACCAACAUCUUGAGGGCGUGGCUGUUCCAACAUUUAACGCAUCCGUACCCUUCGGAGGACCAGAAGAAACAGUUGGCGCAAGACACAGGUCUAACGAUUCUUCAAGUCAAUAAUUGGUUCAUCAACGCGAGGCGGCGGAUUGUGCAGCCUCUAAUAGACCAAUCAAAUCGAGCAGGUGCGAGCGUCUUUUCCCCACAUGCAGGUCCAAGUGGAGCAUACAGCCCUGAUGGAGCCUCCAUGGGUUAUAUGAUGGACGGACAGGCUCAGAUGAUGCAUCGACCACCUGGUGACCCCAGCUUCCAUAACGAGUACCACUACCCGCAGUACUAUGGACACCUGUAGUACCUCCCGUCCCCCGCUGGGUCAUCGCCACCAACAGUUGUCCCAAACAAGCUUCUUCGAGAAGACACCUAGCUGGCGUCUGUGGCGCCCAUUAAUACACAUCUAGUGACGUCAUCAGCACACGUGAUUCCAGCUUGUCCUGUGAGUCGCCACCAGUUCUACACUAGGCCAGGAGUUACACACGAAGCACUCAGCGUUGUCGUCGUUCUGGAGCGAAAGUUGAAGUAGCAUACUUGCUGCGAAAUCACGUGAACGAAAAGAAAAAAUGGCGCCUAUUUACCGGUGAAAGACAACGUGGUGCCCGUCCGCAAGUAUGGGCAUUGGAAGACGGAGAAACGAGAAGUUGAAAAUAUUCAAAUUUAAUGUGAUGAUUCUUUGUACAAAAAUUGUAAUUGUAGUUUCCUUAACAGAGACAAUGUCAAGGAAAUAUUUGUACAAAAAAUAUCCGUAACAUUAAAUUCGUUGUUAGAAAGAGAAGGAUGCGUGUCUUUCUUGACUGAAAGAGUAAAUAUUAGAAAGCAAGCGACUAAAAACGUUAAAAGUAAAUAGUGUUUUCUUUUUUUAAUUUAAAAAAUGCUGUUCAGUGGAGACGUCAGGGUAGUGCAUGUUUUUAUGUUUGUGUGACAAAGAAUGAGGCAGUUUUCGUUUAAACGACCCUCGUUUCAUAACAUUUGUGGUUAACAUUUGUUCAGGAAAGGAGAACGUAAAACCCAUCUCUAAAAUUCUUCAGGAUCUCCACCAACAUCAUAGUUCCGCAUUACUUGCUGAAAGAACAGAACCACAAACCAACCUGGACAUUGUAGAAACAAAAUACUAUAGUAAUUAUUAUAUAUAAUGUAUCAUAUUAAUAAUGGAUAGACUAAAAUGAGUGUCCCCUUCAACCUUCACAGCGGGAGGGGAUGAUCAGCGGCAGCGGUGAUUUCGUUGUGUAAAUGAAAUCUUUUCUCCCCAAGAAUGAACUUCAACUGGAUUCUUCUGUUCUGCUUCUUGCGCUGUUCGAGCAGGAACUGGGAAAACUUAUUAUAAAAAAAGCGAUGUAAGAGAAACCACACGUAGACUUUAGAAAUCCCAAAUCCCCCACGCCUUUAAUUUUGACCUGUUCUCCCGUUACUAGAAUAUAGGAAUGGUAUUUCUCUGGCAUUUGCUUGUUACUUCCAGUUGAUAUAAUUCAUUUUGCAUAAAUUAUUGCUUCAGUGAGGGAGAUGUGAUUUCACGGGUUUAAAAUUAUGUUGCAAGUUUUGAAAAGAAGAAAAAACAAUUAUUUUAUGAUGGGUGAUGUUAUUUAGAUGAGAUUGCCCAUAAAUUGGUGCUACUAACCUACUUCAAAGAUAGGUUUAAUGAAGACAAAUGUCUGUUCUGCUGGGGUGUGUUUCUCAAACUCCGUCUUCUUUCACCUGGAACGAACCUGCAAAUGUCAAUUAAUACCGUCCAUGGAGAGGGAGGCACUGUGCAUUCACAACGUAAGGCAAAUAUCUGAUUUAUCUCCUUAUUUCGUGUCAAUAUCCUAUAACAACAGAUGUUUCAGUAAGUACUGAACAAAUGUGUAUGCUUUCUCAGUCGGUGAAAUAGAUAAAGUGAUAUUAUUAAUUUAUACAGCAUAUUCAAACUACUCAUUGUAAAUAUCUUCGUAACUUUAUUUAUAAUAAUACAAACAAACAACCAUGUAAACUAUUGCAAUCAGCAACAUUUUCUUCUUUUGGGGCUGUUAAUAUUAAAGAAAAAAAUAUGA